CGAGAGGGGGAUGUGAGCCACCGACAAGGAGGGACGCCAAUAAGUCGUCCAAUAAGAUUUACUUUGUAAAAAUGGCUUUGCAGGUUGGAAUUCGAGGAACUAAUAUAGUCGUGCUUGGGGUAGAAAAAAAAUCAGUGGCCAAGCUUCAAGAUGAAAGAACUGUGAGGAAAAUAUGUGCCCUUGAUGACCACGUCUGCAUGGCUUUUGCAGGUUUGACAGCUGAUGCUAGGGUAGUAAUAAACAGAGCCCGGGUGGAGUGCCAGAGCCAUAAGCUUACAGUGGAGGACCCCGUCACUGUGGAGUACAUAACUCGCUUCAUAGCAACUCUAAAGCAGAAGUAUACACAGAGCAAUGGACGAAGACCUUUUGGUAUAUCGGCCUUAAUUGUAGGCUUUGAUGAUGAUGGUAUCCCAAGACUGUAUCAGACAGAUCCCUCUGGUACUUACCAUGCUUGGAAGGCAAAUGCAAUAGGCCGGAGUGCUAAAACUGUCCGGGAAUUUCUAGAAAAGAAUUACACAGAAGAUGCUAUUUCUAAUGACAAUGAAGCUAUCAAGCUAGCAAUAAAAGCGUUGCUAGAAGUUGUCCAGUCUGGUGGGAAGAACAUUGAACUGGCUAUCAUAAGAAGAGAUCAACCUUUGAAGAUGUUUAGUGCCAAAGAAAUUGAAUUGCAGGUAACUGAAAUAGAAAAAGAAAAGGAGGAAGUAGAGAAGAAAAAAUCAAAGAAGCCAAACUAGUUCUUAGGGUGAGCUCUAGGAGUUCCAGUUUUGUGUGGAUUAGAAUUUCUUCCUGAGGUUUUGGAAGAAACAAAUGAGUUGGAACCAACCACUGAGUUUUUCUAUCUUCAUCUUCAAGAAUGUCAGGUUUGACAUUGUCUUCAAACAUAGGUUCAUGUGAAGAUUUUCUUUAAAAUUCCUCACUCUCACACAAGCCCGAGACUGUACUGUGAAGCAUGUCCAGUAUGAUGCUUUUCUUCAUACAAGAAAAGUCUAGAAAAGAAGAUGAUUUUGAAAGAUGGUAAUUUUUUGAAGUUUUUUUCUUCUUCGCUGUUAGCUAAGGAGCUUGUCAUCUCAAAAUAAGUUGACUGCAACACCAAGCUGCAUCCCUGGAUGAAUCGUAAGAACAUCAAUGUAUUGGUGACAAAAUCAUAUGUGCUGACUCAGGAGACUGAGGCAGGAGGAUUGCAAGUGUGACAGUGUGAUAGGUGCUAAGAAUACAGUGACAAGAAUAAACUCAGUUUGUUGGCUUUUCUUUUUUAAGACAGGGUUUCAUUUAGCACAGGCUGGCAUCAAAUGCCCUUUGUAGCCAGAGGAUGACCUUGAACUCCUGAGUCUCCUGUCUCCACCUCCCAAGUGAUUACAGGUGUGGUACUGCCAUGUCCUUAUUACUAUAUAGUUGAAAGAUGAGCAUUAAACCACAAUGAUUUUCAUUUGGGAUUAUUGUUGUGAAACUCUUUGUGUCUGUCUUCUCUUCUAAUUUAGAGGUUCUAUAGGAGCUUUAAGGCUUGAUUCUAGAUCACAUUCAUCUUUGUUCUGACAGUUUGCCUAUGGUAUGACUUAAUAAAUGCUUGUAAAGUUGUUAUCUUA